AACAAAAAAAAUAAAAAUAAAAACCCUCUCGAGUCUCAUCUCCAUUCUCUCAUUCUGUCUCAAGUCUCAACAUGCUGCCAACCCCCCCUCUCUCUCUCUCUUUGUAUGCAGUAUUCAUUGUCUUCCAUCACCGCCGCACUGCCUUCCUCUCCCUCGCUAGAUUGCACAUCCCUCAUCCAGAGAUAGCUCGUGAUGUAUUAGUCAUCCUUAUUUCCAUCGUUGCCUCUGAGUCAGCCUUUAGCAACGGAAGACGUGUAUUGGAUCCCUUUAGGAGUCCAUUGUCAACCGCUCAAUCAACAAUGAGGAAGAGUUGGAGGACUUUAAGAAAAGCUAUGAUGAGCAUGAUGGGCUUCACAAUCAACCUUCAAAUUCAAGGACUGAAACAUUAUGCUUAGAGGAAUGUUAUCAUUUUUUGACUUGUCAUGAUAUUUAUAUUACAAUACAAUUGCCUAGUUUGUCAAUUUUUUUAAGUUUAUAAUAUUUCUCGUUGUUAUUUCCACAGAAUUUUGCUAGAAGACCAAAUGGGAGUCGUGCCAUUGUCCUUUUUUUGUUGUUAUUGUCUUAUUGGUUAAAUUUCUCUACUAAACUUUAUUUGUUUGAAUUCACUUGAGUGGGAAUGGAAGUGGAAGUGAAUAUAUUUAUGUUGGGUU